GAGCUCUCUCUCUCUACUCGCUUUUCAAUGAACGCGUGAGGAUUUGUUGGAAACUUUACCUUUAUUUAUCGGCUGGAGGACGUGUUCACACCUUUUCAGGUUUGGAGGUUAUACAGCGAAAUCUGCCAGAGCUGCCGGACCUGAACAACAUCCAUCAUGAUCAGAGCGUCACUCACUGCUGUCUGCCUCGCUCUCCUCCUGUCCUGUGCCUGCUGGGCCAAACCAAAUGGAUCAAAGAACAAGAAGCCAAAGCAAGUUGUUCCUGCCAUCGAGUGUGAUGUCAGAGCCGGAAAGAUCAAUCUCCCAGAGUUCAUAGUGAAAUGUCCCGCUCAUUGCAAGGAGACGAAGCAGCAGGUGUACGGAACCAGCGUGUACGCCUCCAUCUCCAGCAUCUGCAACGCAGCCAUCCACAGCGGCGUCAUCACGAACGCAGGAGGGAAGGUGAUCGUGAGAAAGAUGGCCGGUCAGAAUAUCUAUAAAGGCAGCAACUCUUUUGGCGUUCGCUCGCUGUCUCUGCCAAAGUGGAGGGAGUCUUUUGUCGUUUCAGUGGGGAAACCAAAGAAGGGAGUGAUCUAUCCGUCCACUCUGGACUAUGUUCCUUCAAGACCGACAUACGUGAAAACAGGUCAGAAGGAGGCCAAAGCCCCCGCGGUUACAACAGUGCUGCCUGCAACGACGACACCUGAACCUACCACGACUACAACACCUGAGCCCACCACCACGACCGCCGCUACCACCACGCCACCGCCCACUACCACCACCGCACCCCCGCCUCCCCCCACCACCGCCAAGGCUCGGGCUGCUGUGCAUAAAGUCAGAGAUGCAGGCAGCAGUCACCCGUACCUCGCCUCGGUGGCGGCCGCCAGCCCGAGACAGUCAAUGAGCAGCCAAGCAAAGAGCCACAGCCAAGUAUUCAGAGGAAGCGCCUAUCCCAAUAGAUUCCCACAGCGUGCCAGUGCAGGUUUGCGUAGACCAGAGGCGGGCUCAGCUAUCCGGAGACAACCUUCCUCUCCAGUCGGUCCAGCUUAUCCCAGAAGGGAGUGGGCGCCCCCCUCUGCUCCUCGUCCUGAUUGGUUCCCCGGUGCUCGACGACCAACAGAUGUUAGUUAUGGAGCUCCAGACUCGGGAUACACGUGGAGCGAGACGGACGCAUCAGAGAUGACAGCUCGGGAUCACAGGCCUGAUAUGUCAGAAUAUGAGCGCUGGUUUUAUAACUUUGGACCGUACCCUCCUCGUACGUCCGACACAGAAGGCAUCCGUAAAGUACCGCUGGAUACCACCCACACACGAGUGGAGCCAGUGGACGCCUGGAAGCCAGAAGUUAACCUUUAUGAAUCAGGCUUCAGCGUCAGAGAGCAGGAACCUGCACCAAGAGCACCUGAGCCUGUGUCACAGGGAGACCCAAAUUGUAAAGUGGAUCUGGCCUUCCUGAUGGAUGGGAGCUGGAGCAUCGGGAAGAGACGCUUUAAAAUCCAGAAGGACUUCCUGGCCGAGGUCGCUCAGGCUAUCAAUGUGGGCGUGGCCGGACCAAUGAUGGGAAUCAUCCAAUACGGUGAUGACCCAGUGACAGAGAUCAGUCUGAAGUCGUUCUCAAACUCCAGGGAGGUGAAGUCGGCCGUGGAUAAGAUCGUGCAGAAGGGAGGCCUCUCCAACGUGGGAAAAGCCCUCACUUACAUCAACAGGCAGUACUUCAGUGAUGCGAACGGAAACCGAGGGGGGGCUCCUAACGUGGCCGUGGUUCUGGUGGACGGCUGGCCCACAGACAAGGUGGAGGAGGCGUCUCGGCUCGCCCGGGAGUCGGGCAUCAACAUCUUCUUCGUCACCAUCGAGGGACCGGACGACAACGAGAAACAGAACCUGGUGGAGGCAAACUUUGUUGACAAGGCCGUGUGUCGGACCAACGGCUUCUUCUCUCUGCCCGUCAGCAGCUGGUUCGCUCUGAGGAAGGCCGUGCAACCGCUGGUGAAGAGGGUGUGUGACACGGACCGCCUGGUCUGCAGUAAAACCUGCCUGAACGCCAACGACAUCGCCUUUGUCAUCGACGGCUCCAGCAGCGUGGGGACCGGAAACUUCCGCACGGUGCUGCAGUUCGUGGCCAACGUGACGAGGGAGUUUGAGAUCUCUGACACGGACACGCGGGUCGGAGCUGUUCAGUACACGUACGAGCAGAGGCUGGAGUUCGCCUUCGGUCAGUACAACAACAAGAACGAGCUGCUCAACGCCAUCAAACGUAUCAACUACUGGAGCGGAGGGACGAGCACCGGGGCCGCCAUCACCUACGCCGCAGAGCAGCUGUUCAGCAAGUCCAAACCCAACAAACGCAAGAUCAUGAUCGUCAUCACAGACGGACGCUCCUACGAUGAUGUCAGAAUGCCCGCACUGGCUGUUCAUAGCCAAGGUGUGAUCGCCUACUCUAUCGGCAUCGCUUGGGCCGCCCAGGAUGAGCUGGAGUACAUCGCCACCGACCCAGACAAAGAGCAUUCCUUCUUUGUGGACGAGUUCGACAACCUCUACAAGUUUGUUCCCAAAAUCAUCCACAACAUCUGCCAGGAGUUCAACUCACAGCCGAGGAACUGAAGACAGACGGAGGGGAGACAGAGAGGCAGAGGGCCGUCUUUACUGAACUCUGAGUGUAAAUCUGUUCUCUCUGUCGCACACGUGGUGACGCUGGAUUGGCUGCAGCGCCUCGUAUUUCAGCAGGGAGAGGUUUGAAUUUAGGUGAGGAGUGUGGGAUUGGACUAAACAAAUCUUAAAGUAAAAGAAAAGGCAUGGUCCCUUAAUGCAGUUGGUGCUAAAGGUACAGGGUGACAUCUCAUCUGAUGUGGUGUCACUUGAUCUCUGCUGAUGCCAAAAAAAAAGUAGACUAUUCCUCAUAAUUUAAUGAUGAAACAUAAGGAACACUUAAGGGUUUCAAGUUGUGGCUGAGGGCUUUAUGUAUAUUUAUGAUAGAUUUAAUAAUGCUUUUAUAUGGCUUAAAACUGUUAAUAACAACUAAACAUAAGUUGCCAUGCUGGGAAUAGCCGGACAAUUUUGUGAACACUUCUUUUUAAGAUCACAUUAUUCUAAUUGGAUAUAUAUUAUCAUACUCUAGUUUUGACUCUUGACUCUAGUCAAGCGAAUAAAAUGACUUGACAAAAAGGCACAAAAAACAUCCAUAUCAGAACUGUAUAAAAGCAUUACAGAAGUUAAUGGCUGUUAGCUUUAUGCUAACACAUAAUGGAAAUUGCCAUUGACAGGCUAACAGAUAGCAUUCUGGUCGUGGUAAUUUCGACUAAAGAAACAAUCUUUUGACCUGACAAUUCCACGUUAAACUCUUUGUUAAAUUUUUCAUUUGCUCACCAGUGGUCAAUAAUAGAGAUAAUUUCCUAAAUUUAGAGAAGUUAAAUUAGUUCUUUAGCAGCUGUCUUCAUCUUUUAUUAGUCAGUGGCGGCCAAUAAACAGCAUUUGGAUACGCCACUGCCGUCCCGUGGUAGCAGGGCUGCAUUACAGCUAAUCGUCAGUGAAAGUUUGACAAUAUGAAGGGUUUAACGGUUGAUUUUUUUAACCUUCACUAUAUAAAACAAGUAAUCAGAUUUUUGAAUAUUCAAAAAUUUUGUACCCUCACUCAUUUGGACUAGCUAGCUGCUGACUUCUGCUGUAGCUAAUAUGCUAGCUAGUGGUGCUGACAAUAGCAUACUCUGUGCUAUUAAUCCACCUGGCACCAACUUAGAUAAUUUUUAUCUUCAGGAAUCUGAAAAUUGGUUAAUUUAUUUAUUUACUUGUUUCUAGCCACGAAAAUUCAUAUCGACACAAAAAUAUAAACAUAGUUCAACAAAGCUAACUUCACCAUUGAGCAUAAAUAUUUUUGAUUAACUAAUAAAUUAAACAAAUUAUAUUUGUUAUGCAUACAAUGGUGUUUUAUUGGCACUUUAAUUUUCAAGAUAAAAAAGAUUAUAAAAUAGUAAAUUUAUGAGAAACAGACUCAGCUUUUUUUUUUUUAGUUUAAGGAGUCAGUCUAAGAAUCAUCAGUCAUCAGAAUCAUAAACUCAAAAAUUCAAGUUUAUUAAGCCAUAAAUUUAAAUUAUUUAAUGUUUUGAAUUCAAACUGAAAAUCAUAGUUGGUUCACCUCUGCUUACAGAAAUGUCUCCUCUAAGUGCAGAUGACAAUGAUAAUGUGAAGGUUCUGGGCUAAAAUUGCAGGUAUUUCCUUAUUGAUCAGUCUCAGAGAAGAGUGUAGUUUGCUUUGGCUCUCAACUGUAGAAUUUGUGAACAACAUAUUUCAUUUAUUCAGUCAUUUAAUCUUUAUUUUAUCUGGAAAAUCACUGAGGCCAUUCCUUCAUUUUUGAACAGAAUGAUACAAAGAAUAUCAACAACACAAUUAAAAACAGUUACAUUGAAAAGCAGAGUAGGUAGGUAGGAACUUUAUCAUCAUUGCACUAUACUGAAAAUGUACUUAGUCAACAAUCACCUACUUAGCUGCAGAAAGAUGUUAUACGUGAUGCCAUUUUGCCAAUUCAGGCUUUACAAAUGAAUAAAAACUAAUGCCUAUUGAGUCUUACAGUUAGAGGGGCCCAGCCCACCUUUUCAAUGCAAUGACUCUCACCAGUACUUCUUUCCUUCAAUGCAAUGGGUGAUACUCAACUUAAUAAUCUUAUAAACGCCAUAUUUUUAUUCUCGUAAAUGUAUUGCUUUUUAAAUGUUAAAAAAAAAGUUGUUUUUUUUUCUCGUAAACUUAUUACUUUUUAACUCAGAUUUUUUAUCCCCCUUGAAAAUUAACAGAUUGUCUUUAUUAUUUUCAUUUUCCAGUUUUUUAGUUCAUUUUUCGUAGUGUCAUGAUGGUGAGGGAGCAUGGCCAAAGCCUGGAACUCAAAAACAGAAAAGAGGAGAGAACUAAAACACAGGUCACACAGGACUUUUAUUUUAUUUUAUUGACUUUUGUUGUAAUUUCUUAAAGUGUUUUUUAAAAUGAUAACACUGAGAAACAUUUCCCAUGUGUUUGUUUUUUCCCCAGUGCCUCUGCUGUGAAAACAUCACAGAAUAAAUUUGAAGGUACAAGUUUGUAAAAGAAAUAGAAAUUCUGCAGCCAAAGGAGAUUUUUUCCUGCCUUAACAGUCAAAAAAAAAAUGCUCUCCAUUGCAGCAUUAUUAAAUAAUUCAUAAACAUAAAUAAAUCCCUUAAAUGCAACUUGGAGACCCUUUCUAAAGAUUGCCUUUUUAGGACGUGGAGCCAAAGUGAUAAACUGACACUAAGCUACUUUACUGGGACACGGUGCUCGCAGAGAAAUGUAGAUGUAAAGCAUGCCUAGCACUUCUUCUUACAGCUUAAUAAUACCUUCAUAAACCUAAUAAUAAUAACAUGCUGCAUUUUAUAUAAUUCUCUGUAUAGAGGAUGUCCUUUUGUAGAGUUGGUGCAUUUUGAUCUUUCUAAUAGGAGAGAUUUUUUAAGUUGGGACAUUGUUAAAGUUCCUCUCUAAGACGACAGCGCUGACGCUGCUGUUGAUUGGAGCAGCAGUUAAAACGGGGCUGAUGUGCAACCAAACGUAUGUAAAAGGCAAAUCAACAGCAAAGAAGCAAAGAGGUGGACUGGUAUGAGAAAGGAGAAGCUCGUGUAUUGUUAUGAAAAUCCUAAUUUGCUUCUCAGGAUUAAAGAAAAUGUCUUACCGGCCUUGUUUCAAACUUUUCAGUUUUUUUUUUUUUUUUUUAAAGAGUAUUUAUAAUUUCUCCCUGUCAUGUCCAGUUUGUACAUAUGCAUAUUAAAAACCUUUCGCUAAUAAUGUUCAGAUAUUUGAUCAAUAUUUUUUUGCAAUUUUUAAUAAAAUAAAGAAAAUGGAGUGAACCUGAAGAGGCUGAUUUAUCUUGAAUCUUUUACACUGAAUUCCCAGCUUACUAGAAAUAAACACAAAGACCUAAACAUAAUAAAGGUGUCAAUGUGACUUUAUAAUAAUAUCUUAGAAAAACAGUUUCCCUGCCCUACAGCAGAACAGCCCAACAAUCUGAAUAAGAAGCAGCUAAGUGAGGUCUGAUAUCAGGGCCACACUGAAGAUUAAUGCCAGCAUGGACACACAUACUGAUCACUUGGUGUCCAGACCCCUGAUACUCCUCGU